UUACAAUUUUUUGUUAGAAAUAAUAAAACUGUGAUGUUGCUAAAUAGUGUCCUUAUUUGUUUUCUAUCCAAAAAUCCUGAUUAUUUAAACAAACACACAAACAAAUGAAACUGAAUGUUGCCCACUUUGUGACUGUCCAGCUGAAUGAUCACACAAACUGUGGACGACAACAACGGCAGACCUCUCAGCCCCCUUCCCCUUCCCAGUCCCCCUCCCCUUCUCACUCCCCCUCCCCUUCCCAGUCCCCCUCCCCUUCCCAGUCCCCCUCAGCUUCCCAGUCCCCCUCAGCUUCCCAGUCCCCCUCAGCUUCCCAGGCCCCCUCAGCUUCCCAGGCACCAUCAGCUUCCCAGGCCCACUCCACUUUCCACUCCCCUUCUCAGCCCACCUCUCCAUCUCUUUCUGUGACCCCUUCUCCUCCUUCCCAUACCCCUUCUCCUUCAACUUCCAACUCUCCUUCUCAGCCCCCUUCACCCUCUAUUGGCUUAACUUUCUCUCCGCCCCCCUCGCCCUCUCAAUCAGACCCACCCUCUGAAAUUACAUCCCCAAUCCAGCCUCCUUCCCCCAUCCAGCCUCCUUCCCCCAUCCCUCCUCCUUCCCCAAUCCCUCCUCCUUCCCCAAUCCCUCCUCCUUCCCCCAUCCAGCCGCCUUCCCCCAUCCAGCCGCCUUCCCCACCCAGUGAAUGGGCAGAAGAAGCCCCUGAUGAGAUAUCUGGGAACCAUCAUGUUGCAGAGGAAAAUGUUGCCGUUGGAGAUCCAACAUCUUUUGCGUCCAUUCUGGGCAACAUGAGGCAACAUCUACAGGCCUUGCUGGGUCUUGUUGACCAGCUGCAAACAUUGAAUUAAUUUUUGAUUAAAAAAAAACAAAAAUUUUAUGUUUGUAUUAUUAU